GUGAUUUAGCGCCGCCAGUCUGAAGCAGGUGUUCAACAUGGCGAUCUCGGGACUCGGAUCUCACUCUAUUUCACUGGUUUUCUACGUGAUUUUAGCUGCGUUUCUGCAUAAAGGAGCCACUCAGACCACACCAGUGCAGGGUCAGAACCUGGUGACAAAUAAUGUCUCAGUGGUGGAGGGCGAGACGGCCAUCAUCAGCUGCCGAGUGAAAAACAACGACGACUCCGUCAUACAACUGCUCAACCCUAACCGACAGACUAUCUACUUCAGAGACGUUAGACCUUUGAAGGACAGUCGGUUUCAGUUGGUGAACUUCUCCGACAACGAGCUCUUGGUGUCCCUGUCCAACGUGUCUCUGUCGGACGAGGGCCGCUACGUGUGUCAACUCUACACGGAUCCACCGCAAGAAGCCUACGCCGACAUCACUGUACUGGUUCCACCAGGCAACCCAAUCUUAGAGUCCCGCGAGGAAAUCGUGAGCGAGGGGAAUGAGACCGAGAUAACCUGCACCGCCAUGGGCAGCAAACCUGCUUCCACCAUCAAAUGGAUGAAAGGCGACCAACCACUGCAAGGUGAGGCAACUGUGGAGGAGUUAUACGACAGGAUGUUCACUGUCACCAGCCGGCUCAGGCUCACCGUCUCUAAGGAGGACGAUGGAGUGGCCGUCAUCUGCAUCAUUGACCAUCCAGCCGUGAAGGACUUCCAGGCCCAGAAAUACCUGGAAGUGCAGUAUAAACCAGAAGUGAAGAUUGUGGUGGGAUUCCCAGAGGGUUUGACCAGAGAAGGAGAAAAUCUCGAGCUGACAUGCAAAGCUAAAGGAAAACCACAGCCUCAUCAAAUUAACUGGCUCAAAGUGGAUGAUGAUUUCCCCUCCCACGCCUUGGUAACUGGCUCUGAUCUCUUCAUCGAAAACCUUAACAAGUCCUAUAACGGAACGUACCGCUGUGUGGCAUCUAACUUAGUGGGAGAAGCCUACGAUGAUUACAUUCUUUAUGUAUACGAUGUUCUCACCACAACCCCCCCACCCACCACUACCACCAUCAGCGCUUUCCAAGAUUCAAGAGCAGAUGGAGCACCACAGAAAAUUGAUCAUGCCGUCAUCGGCGGAGUUGUCGCAGUGGUUGUGUUCGCCAUGCUUUGUCUCCUGAUUGUUCUUGGCCGAUAUUUUGCCAGACACAAAGGUACCUACUUCACCCACGAAGCCAAAGGAGCGGACGACGCAGCGGACGCUGACACUGCCAUCAUCAACGCAGAGGGCGGACACAACAAUUCGGAUGACAAGAAGGAAUACUACAUUUAACUGGGACUAGACCUGUUAGCUUCCAGUGCUGAACAGCAAACUGUGGACUGCUGGGUUUGGGAGGAAGGGGUUGUGGGAUUCAAUCAGGCUGGAUUCACACCUGCGCAGCUGAAGAGACGCUGCUGCCAUCGAGACGGACGGGGUGUGGGAUGGCAGAGCACUAGGAGAGCUCAAUUUUAGACCGCUUCACCAUCCAACACCUCCUGCUGGGGCCGGUUUUGUUCCGUUUAAACAUUUGCUAAGAAUUUUGUGCCUUGUUCUGUUCUUACUGAAGUUCAUCAGGACACCCACAAGCUACUGUCUCUCCAAUGGUCUGAAUCCACGUUUUGGGGUUUUUUUUCCUUUCAUUUCAUUUUUUUAAUUGCUAACACAUCUUAAAGCUCUCUCUCUCAUGCUGUUCUGUCUGCAGGUCUGAAAGAAAGCCGCGCACCAAGUUUCGAUGUAAGAUUCAGUCACAGAAUGAUCGCUUGGGUUGUUUUCACGGAUUGAUUCCAAGUAAUUUAUUUGGCAAAUUGCCUGUUGCUCUCCUUAGUCCCCCAGAGAACGAGUUAGAGAUGAUAGAAACCUUUUUUUCCCUCGCUUUUUUGUGACCAACAGCAUUCAGCAGCAGUAUUGCAUUGUUGCAUUAUUAAUUGGAUAUACUGUUUGUGAUUAUGAUCAGCUUGUGUUGAUAUUAGGGCUGUCAAUCGAACACAUUACUACUAUUACUACUAUUAG